GGCUGGGGAUGAGGGAGGCUGCAGACCUUCCCCUGUUUGCUCCCAUGAGCUAUCACUGCAGGGAAACUCCGUCUCUCCAAAGGGCUUGGUGACAGAGCAGUGAUGAGCUGAUGGGUCUAACAACUAGUUUGGUGCUGCCAGGUUUUCCUUGUGUGGAAGGCUCUGCUGUUGGCUGGGGGUCUGGCUGCUUCCUGCUGAUGGAGUGACUUGGCUGUGGAUGAAGACAACCAGAUCGACUGCUGACAGAGACCAGGGCUCUGACACUGAAGCUGUCCCCAGCCAUGUGAGCUCCCUCUGACAGAUGCCUGCCCCAGACCCCAAGUUCAGAGCCCUCCCAUGAUGCUGCCUGAGCUGUAGGUAGGGAACAGCACCAGCGUGGAGGCUCUUCAGGGCCAACCUGUCAGGUUUCUGUGGGAUAUCAGGUCUUCGAUGCUGGCACUGCACACCAAAGCAGCCCACAGUCAUUGCCCAGGGUAGGGGCUACCUGUGUGCUGCACUGCUGCGCUGGAGCUGCUGUGAGAGCGACUGUCGGGCAGAGGCAGUGGGAGGCCACAAGAGGGGAUUCAGGUGCUCUUGCACAGUGGAUGAAGUUGGAGUUUCACCAGGGACAGGAUGGAGAUGGUGUGGCUGUACGUGGUGCUGAUCCUGGUGCAGCACGUCCUUGCUGUGACCUGGCUCUAAGUAUGCUUUGUACUUGUCUGGAUUGGAAAGUCACCUGGGGAGGUGCUGUCUCCCAAGAAAACAGGCAGAUCUGUGAGAAAGGGUGGAAGAAGGAACUGGGCAGCCCAAAGGCAGCCCAUUAAAGAGGGGCAUCUCUGGGAUCAUGAGGGGAAGGGACAGUGAAGCUGGAGAGGUGCAGACCAGGAUGAGAAGCAGGAAUGUCCAAUUUGGUACAGACAAGAGGCAACACAUCCCCUUCCCUGCUCCAUUUCUGCUCUAAAAUAAGGCUACAGAGGGCUAGUCUACAGAGGGCAGACACAGCUCGGGCUCUCUCUUAUCGGCGACUGACUCUCCCAUGCCCCACAGGUACCUGGCCAAGCAGACUUCCCUGUGGGUGCUCCUCCGGGACCCCAGGGCCUGCGAGAGCCUGGCAGGGCUGGUAGAAGAGCAGGUCCGCCUUUGCCAGCGGGAGGUGGAAGCCAUGGAUGCGGUGAGGCGAGGCGCAGAGCUGGCCAUCGAGGAGUGCCAGCACCAGUUCCACUCCCGGCGGUGGAACUGCUCCACACUGCAGGGCCUGCAGGUCUUCAGCAAGGUGGCCAUCCAAGGCACACGGGAGCCUGCUCUCAUCCACGCCAUGGCCGCGGCCGGCGUUGCCUUUGCUGUCACUCGUGCCUGCAGCCGCGGGGGGCUGGAGAGGUGCGGAUGCGACCGCAAGGUCCGAGGAGUCAGCCCCGAAGGUGAAGGAGGAGGCUGCUCUGAUAACCUGUCUUACGGGGUUACUUCCUCUCAAGCCUUUGUAGACAACCCUGAGAGGAGCCGCGGUGCCUCCUCCAGCCGAACGCUGAUGAACCUGCACACCGAUGAGGCUGGGAGGAAGGCUCUCCUGGCCCACAUGAAGGUACAGUGCAAGUGCCAUGGCGUGUGCGAGGUGCACACGUGCUGGAAGGUGAUGCCUCCCUUCCGCAAGGUGGGCAACAUCCUCAAGGAGAAGUUUGAGGGCGCGACAGAGGUUUACCCCAAACGGGUCGGUUCCCACAAGCUCCUGGUGCCCAAGAGCUCUCGCUUCAAGCCCUACACAGCUCACGACUUGGUCUACCUGUUGGCCAGCCCAGAUUUCUGCGACCGGGGCCCCCUGUGCGGGGUCUUUGGCACCUCGGGCCGCCAAUGCAACCGGACCUCAGCAGCCAUGGAUGAGCUCAGCAGCCAUGAGGGACAGCCUCGGGAGGGACAUGGGGAGCAGGGGAAGGCGUGGGGAGACACACAGCCUGGGGGGGAGCGGAGGAGGUGUGGGGUUCUGCUGUCCUGGCAGAGAGGAGCCCCUGGCUCCAGGGGUGCCACCCCUGUGCUCCCCGCAUGGCACCCCCUUGGGGUUUCUGUUGUUUGA